AUGCCGGACGAGCGCCCCGCGAGCGCGGGCACGCACGCGAUGACGAGCGCGCAGGCGUCGUCGCGGAUCGUCGUGCGACCCGGGUACUCGCAGAUGGAUUGGUUGCGACGCACCAAGCGCGAGCGCGUGGACGGCGGUGACGCGGACGCGAAACCGCUGGACGCGUCGCGCGUGAUCUCGCUCGAGGAGCUCGCGACGCACGCGACGGUGAAUGAUUGUUGGAUCGGGUUGCGCGGGAAGGUGUAUAACUUGACGGCGUACGUGGAGUAUCACCCGGGCGGCGCGGCGGUGCUGGAGGAGGCGUUCGGGAAGGACGCCACGGCGCUGUUCGACAAGUAUCACAAGUACGUGAAUGGGGAGUACAUCAUGCGAGCGACGCGCGUGGGGGUGAUGCCGGGAUACGUGGGCGAUAGCGACAGCGAUUAG